AUGGAUGAUGUUUUCGACAACUAUUCUUUUGCAGUGAACUCCGGUUACACUAACUUCACAGAUGAAGACUGGAUCCUCGACGAUGGAGGGGAAACUAUCCACUUUGUCAUUCGAUGUGUCAUGACGUCCGUUUAUAUUCUGAUCAUAACCAUUGGCUUGUUAGGGAACAUCACUCUGGUGAAGAUCUUCAUCACCAACAGCGCAAUGAGGAGCGUUCCCAACAUAUUCAUCUCCAGUCUGGCAGCAGGAGAUCUCUUACUGCUGGUCACUUGUGUGCCCGUGGAUGCGUUCCGUUAUCUGUUUGAAGAGUGGAUUUUUGGUGUGGUGGCGUGUAAACUGAUACCGGUCAUUCAGCUCACUUCGGUUGGAGUGUCUGUGUUCACUCUUACCGCGCUGAGCGCGGACAGGUACAAGGCCAUAGUAAACCCUAUGGAUAUCCAGACCUCCAGCGCAGUGUUCUGGACCUGUCUGAAGGCUGGUUCUAUCUGGGGGGUAUCUAUCCUGCUAGCCGUGCCAGAAGCCAUCUUCUCACAGGUGGUCUCCAUGCACGGCCGAAACAAUGUGACCUUCGUGAACUGUGUGCCCUACCCCCUGUCCAAUCAGAUGCAUCCUAAGAUCCACUCGGUCAUGAUCUUCCUGGUGUACUUCCUGGUUCCGUUGGGCAUCAUCUCUGUUUACUACUACCACAUUGCCCGCACGCUCGUCAAGAGUGCUCAUGACAUGCCUGGAGAGAUCAGCGAGCACACCAAGAGACAGAUGGAGACCAGGAAGCGCCUAGCCAAGAUCGUGUUGGUGUUCGUGGGUCUGUUCGCCCUGUGCUGGUUCCCCAACCACAUCCUCUAUAUGUACCGUUCCUUCCACUACCAGCAGAUGGACCUGUCUCUUGCCCACCUCAUAGUCACCCUGCUGGCACGAAUCCUCAGCUUCUCCAGCUCUUGCGUCAACCCCUUUGCCCUCUACCUGCUCAGCGAAAGCUUCCGGCGCCACUUCAAUGCCCAGUUGCGCUGUGGGCGGAAACCAUCCCACGACAGGAACCCCAGCUACAUGCACAGCACCUCUGCCAUACGCCUCACCUCCAUCAAAAAGCCCUCCGCCGGGCCCUCCGCCAACGGCCAUGGCAACAGGCAGGAAGUCUCUCUGUAG